GUCACAUCCCGCGUAUUUUAUAUCGCGCAUACCAAACGAAUAAACGUUUUUCAUUGGCCCAGUUCUCCCCCUAACAAUACCUAGAAGCAGGUUUCAAAUUGGAUGGUUGAAAUUGAUGUUUCGUCUUCUUGGCAAAUCGCCAAUGGCCUAUUGUAAUGCGAGAGAGAGUGAGAGAGUGUGUUCUAAACAUAGAUAUCGUGUGUCUUAUGUAUUUAUUUGAUAGAAGGAGUAGUUAUCAUCGUACGCUAAUAAAUAACGGAUAGGAUUUUAUUAGAUCGAUCGUUUAGAUGUUUCGUUCAGUUAGUUAAAGGUGCUUACUUUGAACGAUCGUGUGUCAUCAAUCAUAAACUUUCGAUCGGAUCAACGAAAAGAGGUUCAUCCUUUCAUGUUUUUCAUCUUCUUUAUUUUCCCACGUGUGAAAGUGUUUCGAGAAGCGGGGGAAACGAUAAGGAAUGAAUCACCCGGAUUCCAUGAUAGAAGAAGUGUCGUAGAUUACGAAGAUAUCGAUUCGCCAUCGAGAUUACAACUCGUAUCUUUAAAUACGUACCUGUGUAAGAAAUCACCUGAGAUUAUUCCUGCCAACUUCAAAACGCAAUGUUCACUGCUAAUCAUCAUUCUUAGGUACGACAGAUUCUUCUGAGAUGGACGUGAUAGCAUAUAAUCAUCACCACGAAAUUUCGAGUAUAGUAAACGAUAUAGACGGGGGUGAUUUAGAAGAUAGUAGCCAAUACGACGAUGAAAGUGAAGAAAUCGAAUCUUAUUUGGAUAUCGAACGAAAUUUGUUGACACUCGAGGAGAUAAAUGACAACGAUGAAGAUAAAAAGUACAAGUUUCCAUUUAGGAGAAGUUUAUUCGACAACGUACCACCUUAUAUAGAAUUUGAAUCGUUUGACAGUAAGAAGGGUCUGCCGUUACCCUACGAAGUUAGGAAACACCUUAAAUGGCAAUUAAGUACUAUAACACCGUUGAUCGUACGACGUACAUUGGUAAAUUCCGGUUUUCGUCUGAUGAAGAAGUCACGCGAUUGGUCCGGUACAUGGGGUAAAUACAUGAAAUCGGUUUCGUACAAAAACUUGAAAGAAUAUCAAAAGGUCAAUCAUUUUCCCGGUACCUUUCAAGUUGGUAGGAAAGAUCGUUUGUGGCGUAACGUAAGUAGAAUGAUGAUAAAACAUGGCAAACGUGAAUUUGGUUUUGUACCAAGGACAUAUUUGUUACCGCAAGAUUUGCGUUGUUUUCGUCAAGUAUGGGAAAAAUCAUCGGGCAACAAGGAAAAAUGGAUAAUAAAACCACCCGCAUCGGCUAGGGGUAGAGGUAUACGUGUAGUACAUCGUUGGUCACAAAUACCAAAGAAACAUCCAGUGGUAGUUCAACAAUAUUUGUCAAAACCUAAAUUGAUCGGUGGUGCUAAAUUCGAUUUACGUUUGUACGUAUUGGUGACGAGUUUUAAUCCAUUGAAGAUUUACCUAUACCCAGACGGAUUAGUACGAUUUGCUUCGGUCAAAUACGUCGAUGACAUUAAUUAUCUUAGCGAUCGUUUUAUGCACUUAACAAAUUACAGUAUUAACAAAAGUAACUCGACAUAUACGAGUAACGAUAAAGCAGAUUCCUGUACUGGACACAAGUGGACAUUGAGAACGUUGUGGUCCUAUUUUGAAAGGGAACACAUUAACGUUUCCAAAAUCUGGUCUAGCAUGAAGGACAUUGUUGUUAAGACAAUGAUAUGCGGUGAAUCAUCGAUCAAUGCACUCAGCAGACCUAACAUUCAAUCCAGAUACUGUUGUUACGAAUUAUUCGGGGUUGAUAUAAUUUUAGAUGAAAAUUUAAAACCAUGGUUGCUCGAGGUUAACAUAUCACCGUCAUUGCAAUCAUCAUCGUUGCUGGACAACGCAGUUAAGGGUCCCUUGAUAAAGAAUGUCUUUAAUAUUGUUGGUUUUCAAUUGCCACGUACGGUGCCUGCGGAUGACGUUGAUAAAAUAUCACAAAAAUAUCAAAUUGAUCCUGUUUGUAUUGAUCUAAGACUUCAUAGGACUACAUUGAGUUAUCAGGAAAGACACAAACAAUCUUUGUACGCUAAUUUACGCGAUCGCGAGGAUUACAUCGAUGAUAUUAUCGAAGAUUUAACCCCAGACGAUGUUCGUCAUUUGAUUGCAUACGAGGACGAAUUAACGCAAUUAGAUCAAUUUGAAAAAAUUUUUCCAACUACUACCAGUCACGAAUAUAUGCAAUUCUUUGACGUACCAAGAUAUUACAAUAUGUUACUAGACGCAUGGGAAUUUGCCUAUUCUGAUAAUCGUGAAAAAGGGAUCUCAAGAUUGCAAAAACUCUGCCAAGAAAAUUAUCAUCUAGAACAACAAGUUGUUUAUUAAAUUUUUUUUAGAUACUUUUUAUCUUUUUUUUUUUUCCAUUAUAUUGAAAUCGAGUGUACAAAUCUAUAAAUCUUAAAAUACAUAACCUUUGAUUGUUUUUAUUUUUUAAAUCGAUUAUAUAAACACUUGUCGUUUAUAAUAUUAUAAUAGCGUAAUCGUGUUACUUGUGUUCCAUCGAUUUUGCUUAAACGUAAGAUUAAGCAAUUCUAAUUAACGUGCCUUUACAAAUUGACGAUUACGCUGACAAAAAUGAUUGUA